AUGGAACCAUUAAAAAAACCAAAGGAACAGGAAAAAAAAGAGGACGACUACAGGCAAAAGAAACAGGACGAAGCUAAGAUUAACAAAAACGAGAAUGGGGAAGAACUGUCGCACGACGGCAAAAUGGAAGAAAUAGAGGAGCGAAAGAAGUUUGAGGAAGAAAUGUUAAAGAGGCAUCAGAAUCAACCAAAAAUAAACAGGUCGGGUCCCAUAACACACUCGACAUUAUUGGACAACAUGCUAGAAGAAACUAAUAGAGAAGAGGAAGAGAAAGAAGGAGAUGCAGAGGAGAGGGAACCCUCGGCGGAAGCAAUAGAAGUGGAAGGAGAGGAAAAUAAAAGAGAAGAUCAAACGGAAACACACUGGCAAAAAACUGGAGAUAGCAUUCUUCAAGCCUUGUUGUUUGACGACGAGGAUUACGAAGCAAUACAACAGUCCAAAAAAAGAAAAGGGGAUAGCCUAGAGGAAAAUGAGAGAUUCAAAAAAGAGAAGAGGGAAGAGACCGCCGAAUACCCCGAGGAGACAGAAAAUGAAAGGAUCCUGAGAAAGCUAAAACAAGUAUUGGAAAUAUUAAACAAUAAAGGCCCCAUACAGGGGGAACACAAAAUAAUAGCUAGAAAUCUGAUUGGGGAAAUAUAUAAUCAGAACAAAACAGGCCUAAACCAAAGUAAGAAGACACAAACGGAGGAGGAGAGCAUUAGAUGCGAACAAUGCAAAAUAAAAAUAGAGCGAGAAAAGCAAAGAAAGGAGACUGAGAAGAUAAUUGAAGUAUUAAACAAAGGGGGGGACAUAAAUGACUUCAACCAAAUAUAUGAAAAGAGGUGGGAGGAAACAGUCUACGAAAAAACAAAAUGGGAACAAGGGGGCUUGCAAGAAACAAUAGCUAAGAAAGAAUGCCUGAUAGUAACAAAAAAUGAAAUAAAAGAGGGUGGAAUAGAAAGCGUAAUACGCACUAUCAGAGAAGAAGUGCAUGAAAUCAUAGAGGGUUGUCAAGAGGGAAACGUAGAGUACAUAGAAAAUGGGAACAGAAGCUCCAUGGCAACUGUAAGGAGAGAAUGGUAUACCUAUGUCGCAAAAAUUAAGGACCAAGGAGAAGUGGCGGAGACACAUGAAGUGGCGGAGAAGGCCCUAAAACAAAUUAAAGAGAGGAAGGAGCCGCCCGAAAUAAUACGGGUAGCAAUUAAUAACGAAAUAAACAAAGAGAAGGUACGAAAAGCCCUGGAAUUCGUGGGUAGGAGGGAAAAAAUAACGUGGGAGAUAAUUAUACGAGGCAAAGAAAUGGAUAAAGAAGUUAAAAACGAGCAAGAGGAAUCCCUCCUAAUUAAAACCGGGAGCAAGUCAUAUACAGACGUCUUAAAGGAGAUGAAUGCGAAAAUAAAUAUAGGGAAAAUAGGAGUGAAGGUGGAUAGACUUAAAAAAACCGAAGGGGGGGACAUCCUCGUGAAGCUUAAAGGAAGGGGAGCUGCAGAAAAGCUAAAAAGGGAGAUGGACACGAAGAUGUCCGGUAUUAGUAUGGCAGUAAGGCGCAAAGAGAAUUAUUUCACAAUAACUGGUCUGGACCCAGGGGUCACGGAGAAAAUCCUACAUGAAGCCAUACAAGCAUACACCGGAAUAUCACAGGACGAGGUAGACAUAAAAAUGCUACGAACAAACCAGCACGGAGAACAAGUGGCAACCAUAGCCGUGCGCCCUACGAAAGCGGAGGAAUUGAGACGAUACACUACGAUAGCGAUAGGCUGGGUGUUCUGUCCCAUUAUGGAGAGGUACACCCCGAUGAGGUGCUACAAAUGUCUCCAUUACGGGCAUAGCACAUUUGAAUGUAAAGGGGAGAGCAGGGUAGCGUGUUGCUACAACUGCAUGAAAACAGGGCAUACGGCAGUGCAGUGUGGUAACACUGCAUUCUGUCUCACUUGUAAUGAAGAAGGUCAUCGCAUGGACCGCAUGCAAUGCCCAGCCUAUCGGGCGUGGGUGUACGGUAGGGGAAGGGAAAGGGAACCCCCAAAGGGUGCAUAA